AUGAGAGAAUGGUGGAAAUUGGGAUUGGGGGUUCCGAGUGAGAGUUUGGAUGAUGAAGGAGAGUAUGAUGAGGGGUGGUUCGAAGAGGGGCUAGAGGAAUGGAGGAAAUGGAGCGGAAAUUACUCUUCCUCCGAAGACUCCAAGCACUCCGAGAGCUCUGAAAACCCUGACGACCCUGACGACCCUGAAUACGCAAAAGACGUAGCAAGAGUCCAAAGAAGAGUUGAUGAUAUGGAAGAUUGGAAGAAAUUUACACAGCCGCUGCGGUAUGAGAUUCUCGCGAUUCAUUGA